UAAAAAUUCAGCUAAAAUCAAUUUUAAAAAUUAGUAGAACUUCACUAUAUGAUACCUUCAGAAUUAGAAUACAUAAAGUAAGUGUUCUAAUAGAAGCCCUGGGCGUUCAUUUCUCAAUAGGUAUCAUUGAGUGGGCUUUAACCAAGACCAAGACUUCACCCCCUAUACUAAGAUCAAGACCGAAAAACCCCAAAAGUCUUGGAAUUAAGACUCAAGACCAACUGUCUCAGACGUCUCUAUGGCAUGGGCUUCUGCUGUAGUCGUGUUUCCAUCAGAACAUUUACGUGUAUUUUAAAAUAUGUUGGGUCACUGGCAGUGGGAGCUGUCCAAUUACGGUGUAAUUAAAUAUUCACAGGAUUAAGAUUCAACUUUCAUUUAAGACUCACCUCAUUAUUAGGCUCGAAUUUUUAUAUUUUUUCUAUUCUUUCCUAAACUUCCAAGGCGAAGCAUGAAUCCGAUGUUAUUUUCAAAUUAAAUCAACUGGUUAAAUGGCUCUAUAUUCCCACUUUCCUACCUAUUCUGAGGAAUUCCUUACCUAAAAAUCCGACAAAAGUAUUUUAAUUUUUAAGAAAAUUUUCUUUGAGAUCUAAAGGUGUAUUAGAGAGAUCCGACUGAUUAUCAGAUAAAUGAAUUUAUAUUUAAAUAUAAUAUUAAUUAUUUUAUUAUUUAUUCCAUUAAAAGUAUUUUGUAAAAAUAACAACAAAAUUCAAAAGGAAAAUAAGAAUCUUGUUUCUGUACAAACUCUGACAGGCAAAAUUAUUGGAAAAGUGGAAAAAAUUGAAAUUGAAUCGGGGCAAAUAAUGAACGUGGAUAUUUUCUUUGGGAUUCCUUAUGCUCGGCCUCCUGUUGGGGAUUUACGUUUUGAGAAAACAGUCCCCUUCAUUCAAAACGAAACACAAACAAUUUAUGCACUUGAACAACCAAAAGUUUGUGUUCAACACCACAGAUUGGAUAAUUGGACAUGGGAUUGGUAUCAAUAUAGCGAAGAUUGUCUUUAUUUAAAUUUAUUUUCUCCUCACGGAAUUGAAGUUUUUGUUUAA